UGUAUAUAUAUAUAUAAUUCUUAUUGAAGCUUUGCACCUAUAUAUCCAUAUAUACAUUGAGUUAUAUAUCCCCAAGUACUACUGUUAUAAUAAUGAAGCGAAAGAUUGUGAUAAAGAUACAAACCGAGUGCGAGAAAUGUAGGAAAAAGGCUAUGAUGGUAGCUGCCCAAACAUCAGGUGUGAAUUCAGUAGAAAUGCAAGGGGAAAGCAAGAACCAGAUGGUGGUGAUCGGUGAAGGGAUAGAUGUAGCCGCAUUGGCAAAGUCAGUCCGAAAGAAGAUCAAGAACGCGUCCCUUGAAAUUGUUCAACAAUUGUAGAAAAAGACAUACUAGCUAGGGAACUAAUUAUAACUAUUAUAACAAAUCUCAUUAGAUUCACUUUACGGACUUAUGAGAUUUUGGUUUCUGUUUUUUCUCUUUACUAGUGUUUGUUAUAUAUUUUUAUGGUAAAUAAAUUAAUACUACAAACGGCGUGA